AGCGGCGAUGGCUUUUGACGUCACUUCAUCAGGAAGUAAACAACAAUGGCUGUACGUUGUACUAAUAAGUUGCACUACUCGUUUUUAUUCGUAUUUGUAUUGGUGUGUGUUUUGUUUGGAAAGUCGGCCAGCUCUUUGACUUCAGAUAAACCUGGACAUGGUGAAUUCAAACAUUUCCGAAGUUUUCGAAGUGUUUCAGAGCCUACAGCUCCACCACCAGGGGUCAGGCUGCACCCCGGUGUCGUCGCCUCCGUCGUAAUCGUCGCAACUGCUGCAAUAGUGGCUGCAUUUUUUAUUAUUAGGAAAUACUGUUUCCCGCAGAGUGAUGCCACAUACAGAUACUCUGUGCUGAGGCGGAUGGAGGAGCAGAGAGAGGAAGAAUCUGAUGAGGAUCUUUUGGAAUGAAACCAGGCGUGAUGUGGAAUUAUUAUUAGUAUAAAAAAAACAAUAAUAAUUCUCAGGAUUUUCUUCAGAAACAGUUUGUCCUUUUCAGCCCCAUCUUCCUUCUGUCCUUAGUUUUAAUGCCAAAACUAUUAUGGGUUUUUAAAGGUCACAUGGUGCUGGUUAAUGUUGUAAAUGUGAAUGGCAAGAUUAUUUAUUAAGAACUGCCUUCAGGAUCCAGAGUGAAGCGAUCAAAAAGUUUGGAACUGUGAAACACAGCCAAUGAGUCUGAGAUUUUAUUUAUUUUGUUGUUGUUAUUGUUUGUUACAGGAAAAUACAACCCACUAUUUUCAAUGUUACUCUAAUUUUUGAGUUUUAAUGGGUUGAGAAUAUGUUUGAUCUAAACCUUAACAACUCAAAAGCAACCGAACAUAACCUAACUUGAACCUAAUGUGUCCUGUUGGUGGAAAUUUCAGGAAUUAAAAGCUACAUGGCUCUGAUAAAUGGUCCAAAUAAGAUUGUACAUGUUUAAAUAAUAAGUCUAAUAUUUGACUAGUUGGAUCUUGUUUAAAUAAAUCUGAACUAAGGGGGUCCAUGGAAUUUAUUAAAGUUAAAGGGGUUCUUGGCUGCAAAAAGUUUGAGAACCUCAGCACUACAGUAUAACACAAUAAUUAAAUGGGCUUUGUCACUAUCCUUAAUCUGUAUUCCCACUAAUUAUAAGGAAUUUUAUGCUGAAAGUUUUUCCUCAUUGCUUAUUGUGUGUAGUGUAGGUAAAACAUUGCAUUUUUUUCACAUUAAGAUUUAUGGGCAAUUGUCUAAUCAGGUGACUCCCCUUGGGCUUUUGCGCAUAUUUGCUUUAGUUAAGGAUUUUGUAUUUCUUUCAGUUUUUCUAAAUGUGAGUAGGGGUUACAUAUGUGUUUGGUCUACCAGUAUGGUUAGCACAUUUUCCUCGCACCUUUGGGGUGCCAGGAAAUCCCCGCCUCUGCCCUGUGCAUGCAGAGCUGGCAUGUUCUCCCCAUGCUUCAGGGGUUUCCUCUGGGUACUCUGGUUUCUUCCCCCAGUCCAAAGACAUGCACUAUAUGUUGAUUGGCAUUUCCAAAUUGUCCUUAGUGUGUGAAUGGGUGUGUGCGAUUGUGCCCUGUGAUGAGUUGGCACCCUGUCCAGGGUGUCCCCCUGCCUUGUGCCCCGAGUUCCCUGGGAUAGACUCCAGGAUCAGCCUUGUGUAGCAUAAGUGGUACAGAAAUUGGAUGGAUGUUAAAUCAGUCUUGGGUUAACGUAUAUUGUUAGAUAAGUUAAACAAGGUUCUUUCUGUGUCAUUUUGUGUUGUAAUUGUUUUGUUUUGCUGCCUGAGAAUGUGAGUAGAUUUCCUUGUUAGAUUUUGUUGACUGUGUGAUUUAUGUAGUGCUUCAUUGUAUGAAUUGAUAUGUACCUCUGAAACACCUGAGAGAAAUUUUAUGACCUGAAAUUGUUUGAGUAAUUGCUGAAAAUUCACCACUCAGGAUUAAAGUUAUUUCAAACCCCA